AAUUUGAAUAGUGCAAGAAAAUUGGGGAAAAAUAUCUAUUAAAAAUGCAGUUAGCCCCGCCUGGUGCCUGCCUUCAGCUCUUGCUGCUCAGCUGCCUUUGGCAUGGCCAUCGGCUGGAAUUUGUGCAGAUCCCCGAACAACGUUUGGAGCACAAUGAGCUGAUGGCACUGCUGGAGGAUGACUUGGAUUUGUCGCAGGUGAACUGGCGAGCGAUGAUACCGCUGCUGCUGCAACGUCAGCAGGUGCGUCUGUGUGUCGCCGUCUACCGUUACGAACCGCAGCUGGUGGCGGGCACGUCCUGCGAGUCGCUGCUGGGCAACGGUCUGAUGGCGUACUGCGACAUCGGACAUGUCGAGGAUCUGAGCAUGACAAUGCGCGAUGCAUUCGGCGGCAUGCUGUUCGAUACGCUGCAGCAAUGCCGUCCGGGUCUGGAAAUCUUUGGAGUGCGUUGCCGGCGACGUGCCUGAACGAGAUUAAGGCCAGAAACGAAGCGCUUAAGUGAAUUGCUAAUUCAGUUUUCUUACUGCUGCUCAUCAUCAGUCGUGACUGGCGCUGUCGUUGUCCGUCUUCAUCUCUAUUGCUCUGUCUCUGUCUCUGUCUUCGUGUCCCUUGUCAUUUCAAUGUGUCAAUAAAAAUGCGAUGUGGGUGAAGGCCUGUCCUGGGCACACACACCAGCCCGGGCGCUGAGGCGAGCGGCCACACCCUGAGUCCUUGCUGAGCAGCAUCAUGACAAA